AUGACUGUAUGUCGAGUGAUUUUAUUUGGUUUAAAACCAUGUGACAUAAGCAGCUGUACCAAUAAUAAAAUAUCUGAAGCGUCACUUUCACGACAGCAUUCCGUAAUUCCAGCUACAACAUCAACUAAAUUUCAGCUAGCGAAUACAAAAGAAAAUGCAGCAGUGUUAGAUACUGACUAUCUCAAUUUAGUUAUCAAACCUUUAGUAACAACAAAUAAUUCACAUUCUUCAACAAGUAACAAUGCUGGUCAUGAAGCAAGUCCAAUUCGUUUAAAAAUUCAUGAAACUCCACAAGGCCGUCAUCAUAUUUGUGUCUCACAAACGUUGUUACGUACACAUACUGGUGAUGCAUAG